AUUUCAUUAUUUAUUUUUUCUUCUACCUAAAACAUUGAUUUCGUGAAAUAAAAGUAUGAUAAUAUGAUGAAGAAGAAGAGUGCGAGAAAAAUGAAUUCGACAUGAACAAGAAGAAAACAAAGUAAUUGUAGGAUCUAAUAGUAUUACAGAAUAUAUAUAAUAUACAUCGAUUUUUAUAGAAGUAGAGAUUUUGCAGAUCGAAUGAAAGAAAUGGGGUGAAUGAAGGUGAUAUCACUGUGGGCUUGAAUAUGAAGACGCACAUGUACAUCUUUAUCAACUGAACAACGAAUAGUUACUAUUUUGAUUGAAGUUUGAUCAUGAAGCAGCUAUGAAAGCUAUUUUUAAUGUUGUUGAAAGAUCUCCAAAAUUAGUUGUUAUUGCUGAUGCCUAAAAUAAUAAUUAAUCCUUGUGUUAAAAUUUACUUUUUUUUCUUUCUUUUCGAUUUAGACGGGCUAUUCGACAUGAUUUAAUGAAAACAUUUAUAUAUUUUAUUGAGCAUACUCAAUUAACAGUAUAUGUAACAUCUAAGGUUAAAGGCGGUAUUGAUGAAAAUCAUUCACAAUUUCGUGAUGUUUGUGCUAGAAAUCGUUCACUUGAAUAA